AUGAGGGCCAAACGCUCCAAGAAGUACCGCAAGCUCAUGCACCAGUAUGAGACAACAUUUGGCUUCCGUGAGCCCUAUCAGGUGCUCGUCGACUCAAACUUCUUGCACGCUGUCGACCAAUUUAAGAUGGAUCUGCUCCCGGCUCUAGAGCGGACUCUCCAGGGCACACCUAAGCCACUCCUCACAAAAUGUUCUCUCGCAGCUAUUAUGGCUAAGCAACCGAUCAACCCCAGAACCAACACACCUUACCGUCCUAUGCAUCUCCCCCCACCAACAAUUCUACCCCUCCGCCACUGCACUCACAACGCGGAGCACAGCCCUAUUGACGAGGUAGAAUGUCUACUUUCUCUCCUCUCGCCUAAUGCCGAAGUCAAGAAGAACAAAGAGCAUUAUAUUCUUGCAACAGCUGAACCACCAUCAGCUAAGAAGAGCGAUAAGGCGGACAAUCCGGCACAGCGCAAGCGCAAGACCGAAGAGGAGCGUGAAGAAGAGCGCGCAAUGCGUCGCUCUAAAGCUUUGCGCUUCGGUGCGCGUGCCAUUCCAGGUGUGCCUAUCAUCUACGUCAAGCGUUCGGUCAUGGUCCUUGAGCCGCUGAGUACACGUACGGAGGCUGUGCGCGAUGGCUACGAGAUGGGCAAGUUCCGGGCUGGUUUGGAUGACCCAGAGCUUGGUGCCAAGAGGAAGCACGACGGAGAAGGCGAAGAUGGUGGAGAGAAGAAGAAAAUUCCUGGGAUGAAGAAAGCCAAGGGACCCAACCCGAUGAGUGUGAAGAAAUCAAAGAAGAGAGUCGAGGGAAAUGCCGGUGGUGCAAAGAAGGAUCAGGUGGAGCCAGAAGUGGCCGAGGCCGAGGCUGAGGCUGAGGCCGAGGGUGAAUUCAAUAUUCCCACUAAGACUAAGCGGAGACGCCGCCACCAUAAGAGCGCUGACGCUGGUGACGCUGGCGACGCUCAGAUGGCUGAGGCUGGUGAAGCAGACGCAUAA